CGCACACACCUACAAAGGAAACAAUCACAUUAUGAUGCUGCACGAGGCUGUUAUGUUGGAGAUCUAUCGUCAGGCAUUGAAUGCAAGUGAACUAGCCAGUCCCCGCUGUCAAUCACGUGAAUCUAAUGCCUCCGCUAGCGGAAAUAAUGAAGCACGAUGCCCUUCAAAUGAAUCACAUUACUCCGCCAAUGACACCCACACGUCGGGCCAAACGCCCACACCCACAACUCCACCAGUGGCCCUACCAUUGCCAGCCACUUUGCCGCCGGCAGCUGCUGCAGCCCUCCUACCACCACAAUCUGCAGCUAUGGCGGCGUAUUUUAAUGCAGCUGCUGCAGCAGCAGCUCAACAGAACCACUUGCUAUUAACAAACCCUUUGGCUGCAGCGGCAACACUGGUACAGCAAGCAUCACAACAGCAAUCGCCACGUUCACCCAACUCCCAACAGGUUCCAACGCCUACCCCACCAGAUGUGAAUACAACGACUACAACAGGUGAUGGUGUCGAUACAUCAGCUCUAGAUUUUAGCACAAAACGUAACCGACGGAAUUCCAAUAAUUAUGGAAAUGCCAGCGAUGACGGUGAUGCUACUGGCGGUUGUGACACGGAUGGCGAUGGUGGUGAUGCUGGAAGAAAUGAUAACGAUGGCGAUAAUACCAACGAUAAUGAAACAGACGACGUGAAUAGUCCAUUAGAUUUAUCGGUGAAUAAUGGACGCAAACGUCACAGCAACGAAGAAGAAGAACCUGUUAUGAUGCCUCACAAAAAAUUAGGCCGUUCAAAUGAUUACAAAUCAUUGCCGGCAUCCAGUACCUGGGUGCCACCAAUUAAUCCCUACUUGGCUGCCGUUGCAGCAGCAAGCAUGUCACCAAAGACACCGCUCUCAUUAGACUGGAAUGCAAAAACGAAAAUAUCGCCAAAUGAAGCAACCAAAGCUCUAGAGAAAAUGACUGAAAUGACAAGACUUGGUACUGCAGCUCCCGAACCAGAGACACCCACAAGACAUUCGGCAAAUUCCGUUAGCUCACACAAUAGCUCCGCUGGUACGUCCACCAAUGGCAGGCACAGUGCCUGGCAGUCGCAUUGGCUUAAUAAGGGAGCAGAUGCUGUCAAAGAUGUCUUCAAGUGUGUGUGGUGCAAGCAAAGCUUUGCCACUUUGGCAUCGCUGACAACUCACAUGAAGGAAACCCAGCACUGUGGUGUCAAUGUUCCUCCUACUGUGGCCGCAGCAUCUGCCAAUGCAGCUCAUCCAGGCGGCAAUCAGGCCGCACCAUCUUCCCAUCAUGCGCGUCAUUCAGCCACGCAAUCCGGAGCGUCACACAGUCCAGUAUCGUCGGGCGGCAGCAAAUCUGAUCUAAACAUGCUAAUCAAAGAAACGAUGCCACUGCCACGCAAACUGGUGCGUGGCCAAGAUGUGUGGCUGGGCAAAGGAGCCGAACAGACGCGUCAGAUAUUGAAAUGUAUGUGGUGUGGACAGAGUUUCCGUUCCUUGGCCGAAAUGACAAGCCACAUGCAAGAAACACAGCACUACACCAACAUUAUAUCACAGGAGCAAAUCAUUUCUUGGAAAUCCACCGACGAUAAGGGAUCACGUGAUAAUAGCAGUUGCGGCAGCAGCAAUCGUGGAUGUCCCAGUACUAACUCGGUCAACACAAAUCCUGGUAGUGUGGCAGCACCAUCUCCACACUCCCCUUCUUCGAAUGGAAAUCCAACAGUCGCUGUUGUAUUGACAUGCAAAGUUUGUGAGCAGGCCUUCCCAACAUUGAAGGAAUUGAGCUCACACAUGGUUAAGAACAAUCAUUAUGCAGAACAUAUGAUGAGAACCAGUGCCACAGCAGCUUCUCCGGCCGAAAGUGCGCAGACCAUGAUACGCAGUCGUAGUCGUCAGGGCAAGGAGAAACGCAAGAAGUCACUACCAGUACGUAAGCUCUUAGAAAUGGAGCGAGCUCAACAGGACUUUAAGUCAUCGAGCAUGGACCAGGCCUUAAAUCCUCUGAGAGAAUUCAAAGCCACCACUAAGCUGCAAUGUGAGACUUGUGGGGAAAGUUUUGGCUUGGACAUAUUUGUUGAACAUAUCCGACAGUGCAUUACGUUGGCGACCGAAAGAGAAAUUGCAAUGGAGAGAUCUAUGAAAACGCGCAGCAACAGUGAUGAGCUACCAAAAUCAACUUACAUGCAGCCUCCGCAAAUGACACCAGACUAUAAUCUGAACAUCCAUCAAAUACCAACCUCCGCAAAUCGCAGCGAUAACCGUAAAACAAUGGAGAAUAAUGAUUCCCCCUUGACAAAUACUGCAAAAACGGAGAUAAUUUGUCCUUUGCCAUCCGAUUCAGAUAAAUCGUCUAGCGGAACCUCCGUUCUAAAUGCUUUGGAACAAUUAAUAGAAAAAAGUUUCGAUUCUCGCCCAAGGCAUGCCAGUGGGUAUGGUGAGGGUUCAUCUACGCCUCUGGGCUCAAGCAUUCUUAAGCGGCUGGGCAUAGAUGAUAAUAUUGACUACACUAAACCCCUAAUGGAUCCCCAAACCAUGCAAUUCUUACGUUCCUAUUCAUCAUAUGCGCCAUCUAGUCGAGAUCGCAGUGCCAGCGAGUCCAGUUCCAUAUCAGAGCGUUGCAACAGCCGCUUAGAGUCAUUUACACCAGAUCGUAGCUUUGAUCAGUCGCGGCAGCCGACUCCUCGUUUAACACCAGAAAAAAUGUCACAAAAUACCAAAGAAUCAACAUAUCCUGUAAAAAUCAAGUCAGAACCGUUAGACACAACCGAUAUCGCCAGUGAAGGAAAUGAAAACCCCGAACCUAGCACUGAAACACAUCAAAAAAUUUCAGUUAAGAAAGAGUUUAGUAUGACCGAAGGAUCUGGAGAUUAUACCAAAGCCAAUGAUCUUGCCGAACGAAGGAAUUCAGUGACACCUGGUACUCGUAGCCCAAGUAUUAGUGAGAGAUCAAUAACUCCUAGAUCGGCAGCAUCAGUAGGCGAUAAAAAGCCGAUCGUUGGUUUACCGGAAAGCAGUAGUCUAAGUGCUCUGUCGUCUAUGUUCAACAAUCUGAGCAAUAUACAUUCCGCCAAUGUGGCGACAACUGUAACCGAAAUGAACAACAACAAUGCAUCCACCGGAACAAGUUCGCCAUCAGUUUCAAACGCCAAGAAACCCAACGCCAAUCCUUUGGCUGCUCUUCAGAAGUUAUGUGAUACAAACGAUAAGCCGAAUACAAACGCACGAAGCUCCUCUGGUGGUGGUAACGGUGGAUCUGCACCCACAUCAAGUGGCAACAGCACAUCGGGAAUGCUGGCAUUUAGCUGGGCCUGUAAUGAUGCAGUCGUGACAGCCGAUUCCAUUAUCAAAUGUUCCUUCUGUGAUACACCGUUCAACUCGAAGGGCGCCUAUCGUCAUCAUCUAUCCAAAGUGCAUUUUGUUAAGGAAGACACCGAUGUUAUCAGUUUAAAAUCGCCCAAUUCUUCACCCAAGUCACAUACAACAUCACCGAAAAGCAUCCAUUCUUCGAGAAGUCCUGCGUCCCAGCGAGCUGAACCAACGCCACCAGCAGCAACAACAACAACACCCACUAUCAAUCCAUAUGACGAGAGUCCACAAGCAAAAUUUCUCAAAUAUACCGAGUUGGCUAAACAAUUAUCAAGUAAGAAUGCUUAGAUUAAGAU